CGGUGGAAAAAAUGAAGCGAUCAAAUUCUGCGCCUUGUCUUUUCGAAGAGGAAGCCCAGACGAAGAAGAUUAAAACGUCAGACGAGCAAGUGGGGCCGAAUACGAGAGAGUACUUGCAAUUAGCUUUAGCGAGAGUAUUAGAACUGCAAAGAGCUGUGAAUGACAAUACAUAUUUCGCUGGUAAUUCCAGUGAAACUGGAGAUUCUGAUACCGACGAGGGUGUGAUGCGUGACGUCCUGACGAGGGUCUUCAAGGACCUCCCAGGCUCUUCCUCAUCAGUUCCAUCAAUAAUCGAACGUGCGACUCGUCGUGACCCCCCAGAAUUGACUAAAAAUCGUGAAAAGAGUAUCCAACUCUCCGGUUACGACACCUGCCGCAAAAUCGCCCUGGACUUCAUGAAGACAUCAGUUAAAUCCCUCCCCCAGAUCGAAAAAACUGUCAGAAGAAUCGACAGAACUCGUGAGAGAGAUUCCCUCACCAGCGACUACGAAAUUCGUUCGCGAAUGCUUCGAGGUCUCGAUCUCCAUCUCGCAAUUAAACAACGGGAUUACACAUACAAAUUAAUGAAACUGUAAUUCCAGAUUCAAACAUUCCAAUCAUCCUAGUCACACCGCAAUUUAAAAAAUAUUUCUAGUCACAAAAUAUUUACAUCUAGUCGACAAAAUGAGAGAUAAAAAUAUUUUCAAAUGAAUAUUAAAUUAAAC